AUGGAGAUUUGGGGUGGCUCAAUCUGGAUGAAGGAUGGCGGAGCAGAAAAUGUACGACGAAAAAUGGAGAAAGGGCCCUUAGAUAGCUUCUCGUCCCAGCUCUCCCCUCGACUCUCAGCCACCCUCCUCAGCGUCUCCUGUAUUCCAGGCAUCAUCCCUUUGAGCCCACAAAAGUAUAUGUGGGCCCCACGAUCCAAUAGCCCGAAGAUUUCAUCACUGUACUCCUCGAUUCUGUCUUGCACGUACAUCUUGCCACCUGUCCUGUUCGUCUGCUCUCGGCUGAGGGCAAGAUCGUACCUGAAGUUUUCUGGGUGGUCCCGAGCAUACCGCGAGAACUCCUCGUGGUACAACAGGCUGUCGCUGUUGGCCACCCCUAAGAAAAGCCAGGCGAGGCCGCCGAAUUUGAAGGUGGGGACAGCUUCCAUGAACAUGCGCCGAAGGUAG